CCUGCUUGUGAGAGCUGUGCUUGGGUCCUGACGCGGAGCCCGUGCAGGGCCGUACUGGAGACCCCGCGCCGCCUGCACCUCUAUCGUCUCGGUUGACAUGGAUGAUGAAGAUGGCAGGUGCUUGCUAGAUGUAAUUUGUGACCCAGAAGCACUCAAUGAUUUUCUUCAUGGAUCAGAAACACAACUGGACACUGAUGACCUUUUGGAUGGCUCAAGUGACCCGUCCAGCUCGUUCUUCUCCAGCACUGGGGGCCACAUUCCUGAGGUCCAACCACAGGUUCAGCUGUCAACAAAUGAGCCAGGCCUUCCAAGAGUCAGCGUUGAUUUGGACUUCCUGGAGGAUGAUGACAUCUUGGGGGGAUCGCCGGGAGGAGACAAUGGAAGCAAUGGUGUUGGGGCCAAUCAUGAACCCUGUGACAUUUUGCAGCAGAGUCUGGCAGAGGCUAACAUCACAGAGCAGAGCCUACAAGAGGCAGAGGCUGAGCUUGACCUUAGUUCCUUUGGGUUAACUGGCCUUACACAGGUGGUCCAACCGCUGCCUGAUGCUGGGCUGUCAGGAGUGGGCAUUGGGGGUGCUACUCAGAUUUUUCCAAACCAAGGCACCCCUACCGCACCCUCAAAUGCCACCCAAGACAUGCUCGGCUCAGUCCUGGCACAUCCAGGCCUGCAGCUUCAACCCCAAGUCAUGAACAAGGCUAUCAGCGUCCAGCCAUUCGUACAGCAAGUCGGGCUUGGAAAUGUAACCCUUCAGUCCAUUUCAAGCCUUCAGGCCUUACCGAAUGGCAGUCAGUCCGGACCGUUGGGCAUUGGACAAAUUCAAGUUGUGGGCCAACCCACCGUAAUGACUAUAAAUUCAUCUGGGCAGCAGAUUUUGACGAAAACCAUGGGUGGCUACCAACUGCAUCAACCUGGGCCUGACGCAGCAAGCGCUGGAACGCAGGCUGGGCUUGGAGGCUCUGUUUUGAGUUCAGGAGGUGGACUUUUAAUUCAAGGGGGCAAGGCCACUCUUGGGUCCCCUGCCUUAAAUGGGCCAGCUGUCAGCUUAAGCAACACAAACACCAACAACAGUGCAACCACAAUGGCCACUGCUGGUGGCAUUGUGGGUUUCGGCAAUGCCUCUCUGGGUGCAGGAAUUGGAUCUCAAACCCAGUCUCAAGGCCAAAUCAUGCAGAAUGUCAUUAUCCAGCGAACGCCAACGCCAAUUCAGCCCAAACCUCCUCAAGGGGGUUCCAUCCCACCCAAAAUCUUCAAGCCACACCAACAGCUUCCUGCCCCACACAACUUGCCAAAUGAUGCUAAUAAGGCUCUAGGGGUGCAGCAAAUCCCCGUGUCAGCUGGUCAGAAUGUAACGUUCCUCCCUGGAAAGCCUGUCUCAAAUGUAGUCUUGAGCACGCAGGCUGCAUCCCAGGGAACGCAGUUUUCUCAAGCGCUCUUAAGGCAACAAGGCCCCCAAACGUCAGGCAAACCGCUCAGUGUUCACUUGUUAAACCAACAGGGCAGCAUUGUCAUUCCCUCGCAGACUGUCCUGCAGAGUCAAAACCACCAGUUCCUCUUACCAGGGCUCCAGGCAGGAGGUCAGAUCCUGACUCAGCAUCCCGGGGGUCACAUCAUUACCAGUCAGGGGCCAGGGGGACAGCUAAUUGCUAAUCAGAUCUUGACAGCCAAUCAGAACAUCAACCUGAGUCAGGUGUUGGCCUCACAGGGUCACCCUGGUGCUGCCCAUAUUCUCUCUGGACACAUCCAGCUCCAGCCCGGUCAGAUGUUCCAAAUGCCGGUGUCACUGGCGCAAACGCAGACACAAGCCCAUCCGGUGACGGGCCACGUGCAAACGGUCAUCCAGGGCAUGCCUAUACAGAAUUCCCUGUCCAUGGAGAGCCUCAGCCCAGCAGUCAGUUUGCAGACGUUGGAGCAGUCCGGUGGCAUCCCCAAUAACGGUAGCAGUGGAUCGACAGCCAUGGCACCGUGCCAGCCAGGAGAGGGAAUCACAGUAUUGGGCGGCUCUACGGACCCUGCUGCUCACCCAGCACAGACCCAACCCCAGGCCUCGAUUCUCACGGUUCAGACGACUGCACCGGCUUCAGUAGCAGCUUCGGUUCCCUCCUCUUCGUCCCCAUCCCCCACUAUGGCCACAUCGACACCCUCAAUGGUGGGUUUGGGGUCCCAGGCCCAGCACAGCCCAGGAAAGGUGUUCACGUCACCUGGUUCCAGCAUGAUCCUUAGUCAGGAGUCCCUUCAAAUGUUCCUGCAGCAGGACCAACAGCAGCACGCAGGAAAAGACCCACCUGCUGCUGUGGGUGUACCUGCAUCUGUUAUCGUCAGCGGCAGCAGUUCUGGUGCCGCCCCUUCAGGCCAUGACAACUUCUUAGCUGAGACUCGGCAGAGGCAGAGUCCCAGCCCCUCCCUUGGCCCCGCCCACAUGGCGACAGUGGUUAACAAGACUAUAAAGAUCCAAAGCGCAUCCCCAUCUCAACAUGUGGUCACCCCGACACCAACACCCUCCUUGUCUGACAGCCCUCAACCUGCUCAAGUUUCUCCCCUCACCCUCGGGCAACAGAUCCAGUCUCCUCACCAGCACCAGCAGUCUCGGCCUCCGUCGCAACCCCAGCCUCAGUCUCAAGCGCAGACUCCCUCUCGCUCCUGCACACCUUCCUCUUUACCGCCUCUCUUCAUCAUACACAAUCAGAUCGGAGGUUCUCCACAACCACCACAGCCCGCUCCUCCACAUCAGCAACAGCAGCCUCAGCAAAUACAAGUGCAGCUCCAGCCUCAAGGUCUUCCUCAGACUCUGCCUCAGCCUACCACCCUGCAGCCAGACAUACCUCCUUCCUCCUGCUCCCCGAAGCCUCCACAGCCACUUCCCACGCAAUUCCAGUUCCAGCCUGCUGCGAGCUCGUCUCCAGCUCCAGUGGUGAAACAGCAGGUGACUGUGGUGCCGGGGCUGACUGCAGAACAGCAGCAUCACCUACAGCUGAUCAGUGCGCAGCUGCAGACCAUGUCAUCCAUCACACAGCCCUCUCCUCAACAAAAGCAGCUUUUGGAAAAACUUCACCAGGUCCAGCAAAACAUUCUUCUCCAGGCUAAGCAGCAAGCUCAGGCACAAGUCCAGGCCUCUCAGCAACAGGCUACAAACCAGUUCAGCAAAAUGCCAGAUCCACCUUCAGCCCAAGUUGCAACUUCAGCAGCAAGUAGCACCAUCCAAGCACCAGUCCAGUCCCUUCUGCAGCAGAAGUCUGUGCUUGUCAAGUCCUCUACUACAGGUGCAAAUGACACUCCAUUAUUUUCUGCUGGGGCAACAGUGAACCAGGGAGCCACGACUCCAAAUCUCGCACAGGCUGUUCAGGCAAAGCCAGGAGUCAUAAGUUCAGUUGGUGGGCUAACUCUGGGUAAAGCUGGUUUGCAGAUUCAGGUUUUAGGUGCUGGACUCUCUCAAAUGCCUGCACCUCUACAACCCGCUCCUCAAACACAGACGUCAUUAAAAAGGCCCUUUAGUAUGGAACCAAGCAAAGAGGCUAGGAUGCUAGAACAGCUGCGAAAACAGCAAGGCUCAGUUCUCCAUCCUGACUACAGCUCUCCUUUCCACUCGUUUGAGGACACACUUCAUCGACUGCUGCCGUACCACCUGUAUCAAGGCAUGGCUUCGUCCACGGGAGACUACCGCAAAGUGGAUGAUGAAUUUGAGAAUGUCUCAAGCCAACUCUUGAAGCGCACACAAGCAAUGCUGGAUAAAUAUCGUCACUUGCUUUUUGAGGAAUCAAAGCAGAGGCUGGGUCCCUCUGCAGAGAUGGUUAUGAUUGACCGGAUGUUCAUUCAAGAGGAGAAGGUUGCUCUGAGUCAGGACAGGGUUCUGGCCAAGGAGAAACCAGAAGAGUUUGUGGCCAAUUCGUGUUUGCUGGACAGCAGUGCAGUGAGGCCUGUAAAGGUGGAGCUGAGUUCUGUAAGAGUCACUUCAUCAGCAGCAGUCGCAGGUCCACCUGCACCAGCCACACUCGCUCUUGCUCCAGCCGCAGCAGUUGCCCCUGCUUCAACCGCAAUCGCUGCACCUACUCCGGCUGCCGCCCCCACUCCCGUUUCUGCCCCGGCGCCCUUCCCUCCUACCAAGCUGGUGAUCAAGCAAGGUGGAGGGGGAGCAUCAGUAUCCUGGUCCACCAGUUCAACCCCUACACCUGCUCCUGUAGUCCGGUCGUCUGUGGAGCCGGUCACACCGAGCGCCUCCUUCAGCCGCACUCCGUCCUCCCGCCCUGCUGCUGAUGACGACGAUGACGUCGCGCUUCCCCAGCGGACCAGCAAACCGCCCAUGAAGACCUACGAGGCGCGCCGGCGAAUAGGUUUGAAGCUGAAGAUCAAACAGGAGGCGGGGCUUAGUAAGGUGGUUCACAACACUGCCUUAGACCCGGUCCACUCCCAGUCCCAACUCACGCCACAACCACAACUACCGACCCCUGAGCAGCCACAGAAAGUCAAACCACAUGUAACCCCGCCCACCACUGUCAUUAGAACUCCACCCCCAACUUCUAACCCCACCCCCUCUUCCGCGGUCACUACAGUAACAACACACACAGGUUCUGCCUCCAGUAGUGGGGCUAAGCCCUCAUUUUCCUCCUCCUGGUCCUCAUCGUCCCCUUCCACGUCUUCGGCGCAGAUGAAUGGCACUCUCGAACACCACGAGGUAGGUGGGGUCAAGCGGAUCCCAGCGUCCACACCAACUCCUUCACUAACCACUUGCCGGCUCCCGCUACGAAAGACGUACCGUGAAAACAUCAGUCCACGUCACAGGCCGGGAGUACCGGGAGGAGGUGGCGAUACGUUGCCCGUUCUGCCGGCAGGACCCCCUCUUACCUCUUCCCCGCAGCCACAAGGCUCUUCCCCUCAACCUGAACGGACUGUGAUAGCCAGCGUGAAACUAGAAAGGCAGGGUGGACACGGGCGGUCUCACUCCCACGCAGAGUCGCAGAGCCUCACAGCGGUGGAGGACGUCCUGUACCGUGGCAUCAAAAACGCGUACCAACACCACCGAGAGUUCUCGGACAAAGAGGACGAGGACGAGGCGGAGGAAGGCGGCGGUCUGGGGCGGUUGAAGGCCAUAGGGAGCAAAUACCGAGAGGGAGGAAGGGGUACCUUCAGGAUGGAUCAACAUGCCCCUGGCCCGCCUUCUCCCGGAGAGUCUUCCUGCACAAGAGACUCCUCACUUCCUGCCAAACGCUGCAAGUCAGACUCUCCGGACAUGGACAAUGCAAGCUUCUCCAGCGGCAGCCCGCCACCCGACGACUCGUUGAAUGAGCACCUGCAGUGUGCCAUAGACAGUAUACUGAACCUCCAACAGGGCCCUCCUGGACACGGAGGCUCAGGGAGAGGGGCUUUAGGGAGGGUUCACGGGGCAAACCUGCCGAACCAGCACCAAACCCAUCCUUCCUACAGACAGUCCAUACCUCCCCUCUCCACACCUCCGUCAUCCACCCCCAUGUCCCAGCAUCCACAGGUAGGGGGCAGAGGACAGAAUGGAAAUUUGGUUUCACAGACGCACAGUAGAUAACAGCCCCUUUAGCUGAAGUUGACUGAAAGACUGAAAAGCAGGAUGUCAACGGAUGGGGGGGAAGCGAACGGAGACACUUUUCCCAUGUUCAGCUGUGUUUGCUUUGUUUGUCUGUGGUUUGUGCUGAUGAAAUGUGUUCUUUUGGUUUACAUAUGGCCCUUUAAGUGUACAUUCUAAAGUAUAAAAAGUGCACUUUGAUAUGAUUUUCAAAAUUUUGUCCCUCUUUGUUUUUUCCUGGGACGGUUCCCCAAUUUGUGAGAGACAAAAAUAUAUCACCAUUCAUUUAAUAAAUAAUGUUUGUAAUUACUGUGACGUAUGCAGAUUGCAGGAACUUUAAGUGAUAUCAUGAAAAUUGUCAUAUCGAAUAGUAGUUCAUUUGUUAUUUUUUGAGAGACCAAUGAAUCACUUCUCCCUUUGUUAGAAUGCCCCCCCCCUCCCCCCACCAUGUAAUUAUAUUUUUAGGAACUGGUGAUCACUGCAUCGAAGCUGAUUAAUAGUGCUCAGUCUCCCCAAAGACUUGAAUUCAGUUAUUGGUUGUCUAACUACAUUAAUUAACAAUGAAGCAUUCACAAACCGAGAAGUCACCAGAACUGUAAAGCAUUCCAGCAUCAAGAGCACAUUUACAAAUCAAACAUACAAUAACAGCACAGCAAAUUUGGGUGAUCCUUCGGGGAAAAAAAAUUAUUUUGGGGAGAAUAUUAUUACAAGCUUGACAAACAAGUAAUUUUUGUAAGUGCAGACACAAAGCCUCCCUCAUUCAUGUUUUUAUUUUUAUUUCUCUUCGUAGGCAUAUGUAUGUUCAGACACUCGUACACAUUUAAGAUAGACUCACUGAAAGAUCUUUGAACCGUUCAGAAGCAAACACAGCGAAAGCAGUGACGUGGAAAAAAAGAACAAUAAUAAUGUAAAGAGAAAAAAGAAAAUAGAAGAACUGUAAGAAUUUGAAGUAUAGUACUACAGAUUAAUUUUGUAUUGUAUUUAUUGUGUAUAAUGACACUUUUUAAAAAAACUGUACAUUUAGUAAAACUGUAAAUUAAACCUUGCUUCUUUUAUGAAACAAUCA